AUGGCAGUGGACUCUAUAUAUGGACGAUCCUCAAAUGAAAAGGAGGCAGGAGCUGGGGUCUUACUCGAAAGUCCCGAAGGAAACCCGAUCAAGGCCAAAGUUAGAUUUAGGUUUGCCGCGUCCAACAACGAGGCUAAGUAUGAGGCGUUGCUUAUAGGGAUCUACCUCGCCAAGGAAAUGGGGGCAGAGUCCAUCAAGAUAUAUAGCGACUCCCAACUCAUAGUCCAUCAAAUUACUGGGGAAUAUCAAGCAAAGGAGGACAGAAUGGAAUCCUAUAUCCAGCAUGUAAAAUCCAAGCUUGAGCAGUUCAAAUCUUGCACAAUUCUUCAAAUCCCAAGGGAGAAGAAUUCAAUGGCUGAUGCUCUAGCUUGCCUAGCUUCUACAUUGAGCCAAGAGAAGAUUGAUUCAAUACCUAUUAAGUUCCUCCCAAGUCCAAGCAUCCUCGCUCCAUAA